UACAUAGCUGCUAUAGGCUUUAGUACCAUCGAUCAGAUCAUUACUACAGCAAAGAGAGUUUUCAAAUACUUGAGCACUACAUGGCGGGGUUCUCUUUACUCUCCGCUGCUGCAAGAAGGCUUGAAGGUAAGGUAGCACUGAUAACCGGCGGCGCCAGCGGCAUUGGAGAAUCCACGGCCCGACUCUUCUCCAAACACGGAGCUAAAGUUGUGAUCGCCGACGUGCAAGACGACUUGGGCCGAUCCGUUUGCAAAGAACUCAACCCUUCCUCCACUACCUUCGUCCAUUGCGACGUGACCAACGAAAAAGACGUCGAAAACGCCGUGAACAGGGCCACCGCCAAGUAUGGAAAGCUAGACAUCAUGUUCAACAACGUCGGCAUCGUUGAAGCGGCCAAGCCGAACAUCCUUCACAACGACAAGGCCGAGUUCGAGAAGAUCCUCGGAGUGAAUCUGGUUGGUGUGUUUUUGGGGACCAAGCACGCGGCCAGGGUGAUGAUGGGAGCUCGAAGAGGAACCAUUAUCAAUACAGCUAGCGUUUGCUCUGUGAUAGGGGGCGCCGCCACGCAUGCUUACACGAGUUCGAAGCAUGGAGUGGAGGGGCUCACGAAGAACACGGCGGUGGAGCUCGGGCAGUACGGGAUACGUGUGAAUUGUGUGUCGCCAUUUGUGGUGAAGACGCCGUUGGUCGCAAAAUUCUUCAAGCUCGACGACGGGAGUGUCGUUGAAGUUUACUCCAACCUUAAAGGGGCGGAGCUGAAGGCUGAAGAUGUGGCGGAGGCUGUUCUAUACUUGGGAAGUGAUGAGUCUAAGUAUGUUAGCGGGCAUAAUCUUGUAAUAGACGGAGGCUACACUAUUGUCAACCCACGGUUUUGCAUGUUUGAGCAAUCUUAAUUUUGGAGAAAUGUUUUAACUCCUGGUUCAUGGAACAGAUAGAAAAGCUAGAGCUCCAGGUGUAGA